AUGAUAUCACAACAAUUUUAUCAUUUAAUUCUAAUUAUUUUCAACAUUUUCUUCAUUGCAAGCAGAGGUCAACUAUUGAAUUCCAAUAGUUCACGUGUUAACGUAAGUGACAAUAGUUUGACACGUACGUCAGCGUACUACAAGAACGCUUCAGCUUUGUUAGCUGACUUACUGAGUGACUACGACAUACGACUACGCCCCGGUUUUGGUGGUGAUGGCUUAUUAUUAACAUUGGAUAUUAUCGUUGAUUCAAUUGAUGCAAUCUCAGAAGUUAAUAUGGACUAUACUAUAACAAUGUAUUUGCAUCAGUACUGGCAUGAUGAACGUCUCUCCUGGUCACAUCAUUAUCAUAUCAGUGAUAUGAUAUUAUCAGAGGAAUUCUCACAAUAUAUUUGGAUACCCGACACAUUCAUAGCAAAUGAUAAGCAAUCAUUUCUUCAUGAUGUCACAGAACAGAAUAAAAUGAUUCGAAUUGAGAACAAUGGGCAAAUUACCUAUGGCAUAAGAUUUACGACAACACUUGCUUGUCACAUGAAUUUAAGAAAUUAUCCAUUGGAUAAUCAAAAUUGUACGGUGGAAAUUGAAAAUGGCUACACAACUUCUGAGAUUUUAAUGCAUUGGAAUCAUCCAAAUGCAAUAUUUGGAAUGGAAAAAAUUAAUGUUCCACAAUUUGAAAUUCUUGGUUAUCAAACAUUAGAUCGUAUUGUUCGAACUGCUACAGGUGCAUAUCAACGUUUAUCAUUAGCAUUUCAUUUUAAGCGAUCCGUCGGUUAUUUCAUUUUCCAAACUUAUUUGCCAUGCAUUCUUAUUGUUAUGCUUUCAUGGGUUAGCUUCUGGAUUAAUUAUGAAGCUACAUCGGCUCGUGUUGCUUUAGCGAGAACAACAAUAUUAACUAUGACAACAAUUAGUAUUGGUGUGCGACAAUCAUUGCCACGGAUAAGUUAUGUGAAAAGUAUUGAUAUUUACCUUGUUGUUUGUUUUAUGUUUGUAUUUGCUGCAUUAUUGGAAUAUGCGAUAGUAAAUUAUUCAUAUUAUAACAGUCGAAGUAAACCUUAUGGAACUAAAAAUGGAAAAAAGAAAAGCAGCAAAAUGGCAAAGUGCAGUGUAAUGCAUUAUGACACUAUCAUUAGUGAUAAGAGUGAUAACAAUCGUUCGCCAUCACCGCUGUUAUCACUGAUGCCAUCCAGCAGAAGAUAUGCUAGAAAGAGCACAAAUUUGACUAUUGCUUAUCAUCCUCGAGUUAUCAGUGAUAACAAAUUAUUGCAUAGGAAGCGCUUAAAGCGAUAUGAAAAUUUAAAUUUGAAAUAUCGUAAACAAAUGAUCAAAAAUCACGUCCAGUGGUUACGUACGCGAACACGUUCAAUUGCUGCAUCAUUUCACGUACGCGACGUAAAUCUUAUUGAUAAAAAUUCACGAAUUAUUUUUCCACUCACUUUUAUUAUUUUCAAUAUAUGUUAUUGGGGAUAUUAUACAAUGAUGCAAUAA